AUGUUGACGCUUAUCGUGGGGGCAGCAGCGCUCUUCCUGGCCAUUUCUAUACCAGCGUUGAUACUUGUCUUGCCAUCUCGCUAUGAGAGAAAAAGGCCUACGUCUCCACCCUCCUUAUCGAAGUUAGAAGGUCACAUUCCCGAGCCUCCAUCUGUUCAGAUCGUCGUGCUUGGAGAUAUUGGUCGCAGCCCACGGAUGCAGUACCAUGCAUUGAGUUUCGCAAAACAUGGCGGGAUUGUAUCAGUCAUCGGAUAUGCAGGUUCCAAUGUCCACCCGGAUUUGGCCGAGCACCCUAGAGUUUCCAUCAUACCCUUGGCCUCACCCCCAAGCUUCCUACAAACCCACAACAAAUAUCUGUUUCCGUUCCUUGCUGCUUUGAAGCUGCUGCACCAAACAUGGUGCUUAUGGCUUGCCUUGGCAUAUCACUCCAACCCGGCGCAAUGGAUGUUGGUUCAGAACCCACCCACUGCUCCAACUCUGGUGAUCGCGCAAAUUGUUUGCAAACUUCGCAAAACCCGGCUUGUUAUCGACUGGCAUAACUUUGGGUACUCAAUCCUGGCGUUGAAACUGGGUGAUAGUCAUCCGAUGGUCAAGAUAAAUAAGUCCCAUGAAGCCACCUUUGGUCGGUUCUCUUCCGCCCAUUUUUGUGUAAGCAAUGCCAUGGCGCGGCAGCUCCGUGAUGAUUUAAAGAUUAAAACACCGAUUCUCGUUUUGCAUGACCGCCCUCCAUCCAUUUUCCAGCCUUUUCAAAGCGACAUGAAAAGGUACAAGUUCCUAUCAUCUCUCUCGGAGACAUCUGAAUUCGUUGCAGAUAUGAAGGCGGGAAGGUGCCGCCUUCUUGUCAGCUCAACUUCUUGGACACCAGACGAAGACUUUUCGAUUCUAAUCGACGCCUUAUGCCGUUACUCAGCCAUGGCUUCCACAACAAACCUUUGUCUGCCGCGGCUGGCUGUCAUAAUAACUGGAAAAGGCCCCCAGCAGCAAAUGUACCUUUCCCGAAUUGCCAAAUUAAUGGACCAAGGAAAGCUUGAAAAAGUGACAAUUCAAUCGACGUGGUUAAGUUUAGAAGAUUACGCUCGGCUCCUUGCGAGUGCUUCCCUAGGCGUAUGCCUCCAUACCAGCAGCAGUGGUGUUGAUUUACCUAUGAAAGUUGUUGAUAUGUUUGGAGCUGGGCUCCCCGUGGUUGGCUGGAACCAAUACGAGGCGUGGCCAGAACUGGUAACUGAGGGAGUCAACGGCCUUGGGUUUGGGAGCACUGAUGACCUGGUUGCUCACCUCGUUGAUUUAUUUGGUGCAAACGGGGAGAAACUCUGCACUCUUCGUCGAGGUGCACGCCGGGAAAGUGAACGGCGAUGGGACGACGAAUGGGACCCAGUCGCUGGAAACCUAUUCGGACUCCCUUGCAAAUUCCAGCCAGGUAUUAGCUCUCAGAGUGCCUAG